AAAGGACUUAAAUAAGCUGACAAAAACAAAAGGUUGAGAUUCCUAAACCAUGGAAAGACAGCUUAGAAUACAAUCUCUUAUUGGUAGCAUGGCUGCACCACUUUGACAAGUGUUGUUCAUUUCUCUAACCAUUUUAAUUUUCCUAUAUGGUUAAUUUUCAAACCAUGGUUAAAUUUUAAACCAUUUCACUUCUCUUACAUUAUAUUCAUAUUUUUUUAAAAACAUUUCCUUUCCAAUUUUCUUUCUUUCUUUCUUUCUCUCUUUUUCUCUAAGUUUUGGUAAGCAACUUUAGGUAAACAAGAUUAGUACUAUUUUUAUUAGUAUUUUUACAAACACUACAAAUACAAUCAUGUUAUGUUAUGGUAUCAUAGAAAAUCACCAAAAGAGGAAAGAAAGACACAAACUUUGAUAACAAAUUUUGAACAACAUUUUUGUCUAGUUUUAUCUUCAAAGUACACACAUUGUGUUCUUUCUUGUGUUUUUUUAGCAUUCAAAUGAAGAGGUCUCCACCAUCUUCAAGCUCUUCAUCAUCUUCAAGUUCUAUUGGAUUUGAGAAUCCAAUUCAAUCAGAGAAAAAGAGGGGUGCUAGUAAGAGUGCAAAGAAGAAUCUGAAUGUGAAGCCACAGAACUUGAAGCAAAAGAGGAACCAAACAACAAAUGGUGGAAGUAGAAGAAGCUCCAUUUAUAGAGGAGUUACAAGACAUAGGUGGACUGGAAGAUUUGAAGCUCAUCUUUGGGAUAAGAGUUCUUGGAACAACAUUCAGAACAAGAAGGGAAAACAAGGUUAUUUUACUAUGGUUUUUUUUUUUCUUAGUAUAUUGUAACGUUCAUAAUCACUUGCGGAUGGUUUAGUUUAUUUGGGUGCUUAUGAUACUGAAGAAGCAGCAGCUCGUACCUAUGAUCUUGCAGCACUUAAGUAUUGGGGAAAGGAAGCAACCUUGAAUUUCCCGAUAGAAAGUUAUGGUAAAGAGUUUGAGGAAAUGGACAAAGCAUCCAAAGAAGAGUAUUUGGCUUCAUUGCGGCGCCAAAGCAGUGGUUUUUCAAGAGGCAUUUCUAAAUACCGUGGGGUUGCUAGGCAUCACCACAAUGGCCGGUGGGAAGCUCGCAUUGGAAGAGUUUGUGGUAACAAGUAUCUCUACUUGGGCACAUACAAAACUCAAGAGGAAGCAGCAGUGGCAUAUGAUAUGGCAGCAAUAGAGUACAGAGGAACAAAUGCAGUGACAAAUUUUGACAUAAGCAACUACAUUGACAAAUUGAACAACAAGAAGAACAAAAAUGCUGAAAAGACAGAACACACACAGCCACAAACAACAACAGAAAUUGUUCCGAAUAAUUCCUCGGAUUACGAAGAAACAUCACAAGAACAAACACCAAUAGCCACGCCGCCGCCACCACCACCAGAAGAAAAUCCACAACAAACUGAAUCUCUUCAACAAGUUCAACAUCCGCAACAACAACAGCAGAAUGUUGCUCCAAUUGUUCAAGAACACACAUUAGUCAACGUGAUGGACAUUUAUCUCGACCAAGACCUACCCUGGAGCUACAUGUACAACGGUUUAUUAGAGUUUCAAGACACAAACAUGUCAUUCAGCAACGACGAAGAUUUAACCGAUAUAUUCGACGGAACAGGCUUUGUGGAAGACAUCGGUCUAAUGUUCAACACAGAAGAGCCUUGUGUUGGUGAAAGUGACAUCAACAUCAGUAAAGUUUUGGAGGGAAUUGAUUUAUUAAAUGGAAAUGCUGAAAACAUGGUUGUGGAUAAUAAUGACAAUAACAACAUUAACAAGGAGUCCUUAGAAUCAUCUUCUUCACCAUCAUCUUCAACAACUACAGUUUCUUUGUAACUAAUCUAUUUGAAUUUGAUGGCAACAAUGUUGGUUGUUUAGAAAUUGUUGUGAUUGGUGGUGGAUGGAUGUGAAGAUUGGGUGAAUUGUGAAGUGGUUUUAGGUUUUUAUUACUUGUCUUUCAUUUUAGGCUUGGAUUUUAGUGGACACCAUAAAGGAUUAUAGACCAAAAUUAAGUUUUUUUCUUCUUCUUUUGGCAAACUAGUUUGUUCUUUUGUUUUUCUCCAUUGGAUAAGGAGAUGGAGUAAUGGAACAAUUAAACAUAUAGUAUCUUGUUUUUGAGAAAUAAUGGGCUAAGAAUAAAUACAUU